CAAAAGCCGAAGCUUCCGAGCACCAGGCGCGCAAUACAGUAUGGACAACUACGGGUUCAAAGAAGAUGGUGACACCAUACCGCCCUCGAAACCACCACUUCGACCACCGAGGAUUUUGCGGACGACAAGCUGCAUCGAGAAUGGCUCCAACAAGUUCCCCCGAUUGUCAACCAGAUUCAAUCUAUCUUCCACCAAAUGGGGGCAACAUAUGGAUGCUGAGGCAGCCCUCGUCAACCCAGCGGUGAUUGUGAAUGGUCUUGGCGGAGAGGACACGGUGUUACGGAACAGUUUUAAUGGCGUCACCACAACCACUACUGCAAAUGGCCACAGUGCAGCAGACAAGGCACCGAUUGUUGCAAAUGGUGCCGCAACCGUGCCUAAGUCAACUUCGCCGGCAACGGUGCCCAUCGGCGGACGUAAAUCACACAUUGACAGUUACGAGUAUAUGGAGGUGGGACCAUCACCGCCGGCAGAAAGCGCGCCCAAUCUGUACGACAGCUACGACGAAACGUACUCAGAGUCAAGUGCCCAACUGUGCAAUGAUAUAAUCCGUAUAUCCAUCACCGAACAGAUGCGUCUCGCCGGAGGUCGCGUGACUCUGCUGGAAAGCUUCGAAACGGAUGAUACACUGGAUCGUGCCACCGUGGAGCAGCUGUUUAGUAUGGCACCUCCAGUACCAGCGACACCGGCUGCUAGCAAGGUCCCGAACGACCCAACCUCGGGCUCGGGCGUCGGUAUCCAGGUGGAGAAAAACAUCUGCUUCCUCUGGGCGGCCUUCCUGCGUAAGUUUCCACUCCUGGAGCAGUGCGUCGAACUCGGCGCGGAGUUGACCUUCUGCGACAGCAAUGGUCUGACAGCGUUACACUUGGCCGCAUUCAGUGGCUGCACCGAGUGCUGUGAUUUUCUCAUCAGUCACGGCCAGGAUGUGAAUUUGCAACCAAAAUGGUACACCCCGCUGCACUGUGCCGCGUUCGGUAACUCAUUAGCCACCGCCGAACUGUUGAUCAAGAACGGGGCUCGCAUCGAUAUGGCAACCAACAAGCACCAUUGCGAGGAGUCAUUGCUCCACUGUGCGGUCCGAUCGAACGCGAUCGAAUGUUUGCGGUUCUUCAUCGCACACGGGGCGGACGUUAAUGCAUUGGAACGCAAUGGCACCAACCCAAUACAUCUGGCCGCCGACUUGGGCCAUACGCAGUGUCUUGCGGCACUCCUGGAGAGUCCCGUGGCCGACCCGAAUGUGCGCAUCCAGCAGGGGGAUAAGCAGAUGACCGCCCUUCACUUGGCCGCCGAUGAGGGCAAUCUGGAGUGUGUCACUCUCUUGCUUGCCAAGGGGGCCGAUGUACGUGCCCGUAACCAUCGAGGUUUCACGCCACUGCAUUUAGCUGCAAGGAGUGGAAGUGCAGAGUGUGUUGAGGCCUUGUUAAAACUCGGUGGCUGUGAUCCGAAUGUGGCCGAUUUCGAUCAACGGACUCCAUUGCAUGCAGCCGUAAGCAAAUCGGAUGCCGCCGUCGAGAUGAUCGAAACAUUGGUCGCUUGGGGGGCGAAUGUGAAUCAGCGCGACGUUUACGGCUUCACCGCACUGCACCUGGCGGCCCUCGAUGCCCUCGGACCGUGUGUCGAGACGUUGCUUUUCCACGGCGCAGACGUAACAAUGAAGUCGCGCAAGGGUACCAGUGCACUCAACAUUAUCAGCCGUAAAACACCUGCCUCGCUCGGGGUCAUACAGUGCAAGCUAGAUGCGGCCAUUACCCUAACGCACUCACAGGACUCAUCGAGCAGGGAGGUAGAGCUUGAGCUGGAUUUUCGCAGCAUCCUGCAGCAUUGUCACCCACGGGAAAUAAGUUACCUGAACACGUUCGUUGACGACGGGCAGAAAGAGUUCUUACAGCAUCCGCUCUGUUCGGCCUUUCUCUACAUCAAGUGGAACAAAAUACGCAAAUACUACAUCGCCCGGCUGCUAUUUUGCUUCACCUUUGUGCUGUUUCUGACCCUGUACGUGCUGACGGCACUGGCACACAACUGCUACAACGGCAGCAAGGACAUGAAAGAGACAACGCAAGAGCAAGAGCUAUGCCAAAAGCAGUCCAUCUUUGGGGAGCUGUUGCGCAACAAUCCCUUUGUGAUCGAAAUGCAGUGGAUGGUACUGGUUGCGAUCACAGCCAUUGAGAUCUGUCGCAAAAUCUAUGGCAUUACCGGGUACACCUCACUCAGACAUUAUGUUACGCAGACCGAAAACGCCAUUGAGUGGUUUAUCAUACUGAGCGUGUUCGUUAUUUCGUACAUUUACACCAAGCGAACCUACACCUGGCAGAAUCACGUCGGAGCGUUCGCAGUGCUACUAGGCUGGACGAACCUGAUGCUCAUGAUUGGACAGCUGCCGGUGUUUGGAGCGUACGUCGCUAUGUACACGAAGGUACAGGUCGAGUUUGCCAAACUUUUCAUGGCGUACUCCUGCAUGCUGAUUGGAUUUACGAUUAGUUUCUGCGUGAUCUUUCCGUCGUCCUCCUCGUUCGCCAAUCCGUUCAUGGGCUUCAUUACGGUGCUUGUCAUGAUGACGGGAGAGCAGGACCUGGAGCUGCUGAUCAACGAUCCAGAUGGAAAGGAUCCACCUUUUCUGCUCGAGAUUAGCGCCCAGAUAACUUUUGUGCUUUUCCUACUCUUCGUUACGGUCAUUCUGAUGAACCUACUUAUCGGUAUCGCUGUUCACGAUAUACAGGGGUUGAAAAAGACCGCCGGUUUAUCGAAGCUGGUCCGUCAAACGAAGCUCAUUUCCUAUAUCGAAUCAGCCUUAUUUAACGGCUGGCUACCAAACUGGUUGCGCAAUCUGCUCUACUACACGGCACUUGUUUCCCCGCAAGCGUACCGCGUGGUGCUUAGUGUCAAACCACUGAAUCCUGGCGAAACGAGACUACCGCGAGACAUUAUGAUGGCCGCAUACGAGGUCGCCAAACAGAAGAAGCACUAUGUGAGGAAAAGCUUUUCUACUCUUCGUCGUAACAUGACAUACGAUCCGCUCCUACCGACAGCAACAAACGGGAUCAAAUCGACGGUAUACGAUCGCUCCGAUAGUAGCAACACCGCACCAUCCGACCGGCGUGACCGCUACCACAACGGACCCAUUGGAGUCAACUCGACCAAUAGCGAACAUUCCGCAAAGUUCGGCUACGUGUACGAAACACCGACACUGUACGGUAUUACCAACAAACUUGAUGAGCACACCGAAAACAUUGGCAAUGUUGCGACCGAAAUCGCGGAACUGCGUGCCUCGCUUGAGCAGACCCAGCAUAUGCUGCGCCAGGUGCUGCAACUUUUGACCAAGAAUCCUAAACUUAACAUACAGCCAAGCUAAACAUGUUGAUAAUCCCAAUCUAACGCCGUCCAGCAUCUGGAGCAUUUGUUUGUCGUUUCAUGUACGGUGCUAUAAAAAUUGCAUUAAUUAUCGUAUGCAUUCUGCUGUUUUGCGACCAUGGACGAAUAAAAACAACAUAGAUGUGAUUUUAAAUGAUACAUAAUAAUAGCGAAUGCAUUACAGAACUCUGCAGACCGUUUAUACGAAACCCUCCCUCUCUAAGUAUUUAGCCAACAUGUAAUCAUUAUACGAUUUUCGUACAGAGUUUUACAGGCUAGGGUGUUAUGCAUUGCGACGUUACCUGCUGCAGUAUGUUUAACGUAGGUCAUUCAAUUUAGUCCUUAUUAAUUAUUUUAUUGAUUGACAAUACCGUCUAUCCAAACCCCAUCAACCAUAAGAUCAAUUACUUUGCUCUAACGAUGUUCAUAAUAUACUAAUGUGAUUUCUAAUAAACAUCUU